GCACCUCCCCCACACAAUCACAUCAUCUUUCUCUUACAUACUCACAUUACUUUAUCUUUUAUAUUCGUUAUAACCAACUUUAAAUGUCAACGGCCACCCACAUUAUAAACCAAUAAAAAAUUACCUCCCCUCCUCUUAUUCAAAUAAACUCAUUACCCACUAUCAAAAAAAAAGUCAACUCUUCUCUCUCCUUUUUUAUUCUUGUUUGAUUCCAUUUCUCCCCCUCUCCAAAAACUCACAAUACAUGAAUACAUGACAUAACAUAACAUUACACAACUUUCUCUCUCUUCUCUUUUCUUUCUCUCUCUAAAAUAAAUUUCAAGCAAUGAAGAAAACCACCAACAAUAUUCAGGUAUAAUUCCUUCAUUUCAUUCUUAUUCUUUUAUCUCUUCAGUCAUCAGCGAAACAAAUACUAUUACAAAAGAUGGGUAACACAGUUGGGAGGUUAACGCCGUGUCUCUGCCCAGCAAGUGGUGGCGCAGCUGCCGGAGAUAUUUCUCAACGACAUGACAUUGCUGUAGUGCUCAAAAACCCACUUCACGAUGAUGGAUUUGGCCAUUCUUUCUGUUAUAUUCCGCCUUCGUUGCAACAGCAACCGCAGCAAUUAUUGACUGACAUUCUUAAAGCAAACACACCACCACCACCACCACCGCUGCCGGAGAUCUUCCGAACUAUCUCCGGAGCUUCUAUUAGUGCAAACACAUCUACUCCUUUAUCAACUACUCUGUUUUUGGAUGCUUAUCCUUGUACUAUGGAUCGAGCUUCUUCUUUUGAGAGUUCACCUUCUUUUGCUUCGGUUCCUUUACAGCCAAUUCCUAGAAAUCUUAUCAAUUCUGGCCCACUUCCUCUGACCCGGAAUUCCGGGUCAGGGUCCGGGUUGAUUGAGCGAGGUUUCUUAUCGGGUCCUAUUGAAAGAGGGGUUCUUUCAGGCCCAAUUGAUCAGCAAAGGAGCAAUCCUAGAUUGGAGAGGAUCAAGUCUAAGUAUGAGUUUAACAAAUGGGGUUCUAUCAAAGGGAUUAAAGAUUCUAUCUUAGGAGCUAUUUGGGGGAAUCGGAAUCGAAAAACAGGGUAUGAUUCCAUUAGUGGAAGCUAUUAUAACAAUGAUAGUAUUGGGAAGAGCAGCAGUAUUGUUAAUUUCAGCUGUCAAAUCAGUUUAGAAGAUGAUAAUGCUUCUAUGGGAAUGGGUAUGGGAAUGGGAAUGGGAAUGGGAAUGGAGUCUGAGAAUGUUCAAUGGGCUCAAGGGAAAGCAGGGGAAGAUCGAGUACAUGUAGUGAUUCCUGAAGAUCAUGCUUGGGUUUUUGUUGGGAUCUAUGAUGGAUUUAAUGGUCCUGAUGCUCCUGAUUUCUUGCUAUCCAAUCUUUAUUCUGCUGUCCAUAAAGAGCUCAAAGGUUUGCUACAUGAUAGCAGAUCGGAGUCUGAUCAAUCAGCUUCUGCCUCUGCCUCUGCCUCCGCCUCCGCCUCCAAUCAAUCAACUAUCUCUAAAGAUUCGAGUAUGGGAAUAAACCAAUUCGAUGAGGAGGCAAAUGAUUGCUUGAGUAGAAGAAGAUUGAGUGGUUCUAAUUGUAGUCGUUCUGGCUCUGUUGAUCAAGAAGAAGUGACCGGUAAUUUGGGUGGCGAUGAUGGUGUUAGUGUUGAGGAAAAGCAAAGGAAUAUGAAUAGGAAUAGCAACAAUAAUAGUCAAAUAUUGGAGCUUGAUGAAAGGGUAAGGGAAAAACUUAAUGAAAUGGGUAUGAAUUGGUCAAGUAAAAUUAAGCAUUCAGAUGUUCUAAGGGCGCUUUCGGAGGCCUUAAGGAAGACUGAGGAAGCCUAUUUGGAUAUUGCUGAUAAAAUGGUGAAUGAUAACCCUGAGCUGUUUUUGAUGGGUUCAUGUGUUUUGGCCAUGUUGAUGAUAGGUGAAGAUAUCUACUUGAUGAAUGUUGGUGAUAGUAGAGCUGUUUUAGGCCAAAAAUCGGGUGCUGAAGGUGACUGUUUGGAUGAUUUUCCACACAUCUCUUCUCUUCAGCUGACUGUGGAUCAUAAUACCUAUGACAAAGAGGAAAUUCAAAGAAUUAGAAAAGAACACCCGGAUGAUCCUUUCGCGGUGGUAAACAAUCGUGUGAAAGGAUCCUUGAAAGUCACUCGUGCUUUCGGUGCAGGAUUUCUUAAGCAGCGAAAAUGGAAUGAAGCCUUACUAGAGAUGUUCAGAAUAGACUACAUUGGUAACUCACCAUAUCUAACAUGUUCUCCAUCACUCUACCACCACAAAGUAAGCCCACGGGACAGAUUCUUGAUCCUGUCUUCUGAUGGACUUUACCAAUACUUCACCAACGAAGAAGCCGCGUCUGAAGUCGAGCUCUUCAUGGCUUCAACACCUGAGGGAGAUCCUGCUCAACAUCUCAUUGAAGAAGUUUUGUUUCGAGCUGCUAAAAAAGCUGGAAUGGAUUUCUAUGAUUUGCUAGAAAUUCCACAAGGAGAACGCCGAAGAUACCACGAUGAUGUAUCAGUUAUUGUCAUAUCAUUAGAGGGAAGAAUAUGGCGUUCUUCCGUGUAAAUACACACAAACUUAUUAAGCACAUAUGAAGAUCAUAAGACAUUGCAUAUAGAAUACUCCCACCAAUUUUGUUACAACUCCCUUCCCCCCAAGAAAAGAGUCUUGAUUCUGUAUUAUACUACUACUACUACUGCUACUACUCUUCCUUCGGAAAUAGAUUGUCACAUUGAUAACAUAUCAUUUGAAUUAGUAAUGUGGCAAUUGAAUCCAAACAGAGGUAAGUACAACACAAUACUUAAAAUUAUAUCGAAAGAGCUCAAUUUGAACUA